GGCCCCCAGAGGCUCGGGUGGCGCGGUGCCGAGGCGAGGAGGCAUGCGGCCGCCCCUGGGGCCGUGGUGGCCGCUGCUCUGGCUGCCGCUCCUGGCCCGACUGCCCACGGGCGGCGUGCACGGGGACGAGGCGGCGUUGGCAGUUUCAAGGUGUAGAACUUUGAAGGCAAUGGAUGUAAUUAAAAGUUUUCAGUCAGAUUGUUACUGCUACAAUCAACAUUCCCAAAUGGAGUGGACAUCUAUCUGGUCAACUGUGCAGGUGAAAAUGACCAGCCCAGGCCUGCUCAAUUUUGUGUAUAUCACGGAAAGCCAUAAUUGCAGGUAUCCAGAAACCAUCCUGUCUUUUAUCAAAUGUGUGAUUCAUAACUUCUGGGCACCAAAGGAAUCUAAUGAAAUAACCAUCAUCGUCCAUCCUUAUGAGGAGACGGCAUGCUUCUCUUUGAAACCUGUCGGGAAGAUGCUGGCCUACACGAUAAGCGUGAACCGAAACAUUGUAGAUUUCAGACUCUUCCUUGUGUGUGUGGCAGGCGUUUUCCUUUUCUUGUAUGCAGAAACCUUGAGUCAAAGUGCUGUUUUCUAUUACUCUUCGGGAACUGUGCUAGGUGUUCUAAUGACAUUAGUCUUUGUCCUGCUCUUGGUGAAAAGGUACAUUCCAAAGUAUAGCACCUUUUGGGCUCUAAUGGUUGGUUGUUGGUUUGCUUCAGUUUAUGUUGUGUGCCAAUUGAUGGAAGAUAUGAAGUGGCUGUGGUAUGAAAACAGAAUAUUUAUAUUAGGCUAUGUCUUGAUAGUUGGACUGUGCAGCUUUGCUGUCUGUUACAAACACGGGCCCCUUGUGGACAGCAGGAGCAGAAGCCUCCUGGCAUGGACACUGCGGUUGCUGUCCCUGGUGCUCAUCUAUGCUGGUGUGGCCAUGCCUCAGUUUGCCUACGCGCUCAUGGUCCUCCUCGUGGCCUUUCGGAAUGUGGGCUUCCCCCUGAAGACAUUCAGCUACAUCAGGUGGAAAAUGAAGCAGUGGUGUCCAUCUAAAAAGCUGGCGGUUCGCUACCUUACUGAAGAUGAGUACAGGGAACAAGCGGAGGCCGAGACCACCAGCGCCCUGGAGGAGCUGCGCCGAGCCUGCCGCAGAGCCGACUUCCCCUCGUGGCUGGCCAUUUCCAGGCUGCAGGCUCCGAAAAAAUUUGCAGAGUUUGUUCUGGGAGCAAGCCACUUGUCACCUGAAGAAAUCAGUCUGCACGAGGAGCAGUAUGGCCUUGGGGGUGCCUUCUUGGAAGAGCAGCUCUUUAACCCGAGGACUGACAGCCUGCCCUUGAGUUGACUUCAUUCUGCUCAAGGCAGUGAGUAAAGGCAGAGCUGUUAAAGUUGGGUAGAACUGUUAUGGGGAACAGUGGCGAAAGCACCUGUUGUGGGGAGUAAUGAGCCACAGUGGAGAAGAUCUGCAUUGAAGACCACUUGUCGUGCGGAGGAAUACUGCUACCUACUGCCCAGUGGGCGGGCUCCAAGAUUCUGUGUCCGUUGUUGCUGCUUUCCUUGUGUGGAGAAACAUGUUCAUCAGGAACAAGGGAAUCAUGUUCAGGGGGCCAGGAAGCAUAAACACGUGCCUUGUCAACCCCAGGGCACUUGCACUCUCUUCAUCCUCUGUGCCUGCGUCAAGACUGCGUUAUUCUUUCCGCCUUUCAUCACCAUCGGUGCUGCAGAAGACCUGAGACAAUGCCGGACCAUAGACUACCACUGAGUACGGUCAGCAAUGCCAACCUUGACCGACAGAGUUUAACAGAUGUCCUGCAGAGCUUCUCAGAGCCUUCAAGGAUGUUAAUGCACAUGGUAAUCUCCUAAAGGGAAGACAUUGUUGUGCAUGGCUUCUGAGCUCAUUUGACCAAAGAACCCUUUUUCCUGAGGAUAAGAUACCUGAGAACAUGUUUGUUAAACGCUAAUGAAGGUAGCAUUGAGGUUUGGGGAACUUGCGUGACUGGUGUACGACCACAAAGCCUUGUAGAGGCAGCACUGAAUGAACCCCAGCCCUCACAUGGCCUGUGUGUGGCUCAGGGUGAGAAGAGCACUCUCAGUGCAAGCUGAGGGCCUGCAGCCUUGAGUCUCAUAAUGUGGACAACUUUUUUGUUUUCUAAUAGUGGCUAAUACCAUUUAAUAACCGGGAUAAAGAGAAAUAUUUCUUAAGAUUAUAUUUUAAAGCUUUGAUAUGACUUUUUUAUGUAUACGUAAAGAAUAGAAAUUGUAGCUAUUUCCUCUGUGUGAAUGUGUGUUGAAAUUGAAGGCAUUUAACCUCUUAAGACAUUUUGAAUUGACUCGAGCAUUUUAAGUAAUUGUUUACUUAUCUAGGUUUGUGACAAUUCCCUACCAAACAGAUCGUGAUCUUCUUUACAGAGAGCAGAUCUUUUUGUCGAAGUGUAAACCUUGAGGCUGGGGGAAGGAGGCCAAAGUAUAGAUCAGAGGGAAGAAUUGGAGCCUGGCAAACCGAACCUAAGGGUUACGGUGUUGCUACAUCGAUUCUCGGUGAGACUGAGACUCGAGAUUUCUUGCUGUGAUGAGACCACAAAGACUGAGAAGUCCCCUUGUACUGGGAGGAAGGUUGCAGGGACGGAGCAUGUGAAGAAUGUCGGUGCUGUUGCUUUCCUGAGCCAAAUUUAGUAGAAUUUCUCUAAUAAAGGUGCAGCUGCCCGUUUGGAACUUUCCAGAUCGAUUUUCAAGUGAUAUUUCCUCUUUGAAGCAGUAUAUGUGCAGGUCUGUUUUUACCAUACACUUUUUGAUGUUAGGAGCUCUGCCUUUUUGGGCAACAUUUACUAAUUCAAUCUGUACCUUUACAUAGACUUGGACUUAAAAAAAAAAAACCAAGAACAUAUCUUCCAUUCAGAUUUAGGAUGAGAAUUAUUUCACAAGCAUAAACAGAAGUGCUGACGUUGUUUUAUGUGAUUUUUAUUUUGUAUCCUAUUUGUUGGUGACACAUUAUAAAUGUAUGGAUGCCUGUGCUGCCCAAGUUCACCUCCCAGGAGGCAGUUUGUGGAGCAGCAGGGUAUGUGACCUGCCCGCCAGAGUUGCCGAGGGACGUCCAUGGCAGUUCACCACGGCCGGCCCCGAGCCAGGGCCCACGGAAGGCAGCAGCUCCAAGCAGCUCCAAGAGGCCUGAGGAGCUGGUGUGACCAUCACAGAACAGCAGCUACAGGAAGAAAACAAUCUUCCAGGGUAGUGUUUCUCCUGUUUGUUUCUAGAAGAAAUCACAGAUUUGUCAGAUCCUGUCCCGUGAGUACUGAGAACUACUAAACCAUGAACAGUAUUACCUGUGA